CAAUGAGAACCAGCCUCCUCCUCUUUGCCGGAGUUGCUGUUCUUUACGCUGUUGUCGCGCCGACUGCAGCGGCCGAUGAGGAAUGGGAACCGAUCCCGGACGCCGGCGCCCCUUAUGUCCAAGAUCUCGGCAAGUGCGCGGUGGACGAGCACAACAAGGUGGCAACUUGCGACCUCAGGUUCGUCUAUGUUAUGAGCGGCAAGAUGCGAAAAACCACGGGUGGCUAUACAUACCUGCUUGACGUCGACGCUCUGCGGCUCGACCGUUCGCACGAAAUAUGUAAGGUGGAGGUGGUCGACGAGAGGUGGACGGGCAGAUCCGUAUGCAAGCUCGUCUCCUUCGGAUGCAAGCCCGUCUCCUUCGCAGGAGAUCGUCGAGCUUAAAGGU